AAAUUCUGCAAUAUCCCAUGGAAACCCUUCAGUUGGUGUUCAGCUUAGCUGCUGCAGUAUUUGCUUACUCAAUCUGGUUCCAUUUCCUAGCCAGGAAGUUAUCCGGUCCGAGAGUAUGGCCUCUUGUCGGUAGCCUACCGCUUCUUUUCAUGAACAGGUGGAGAAUCCAUGAUUGGAUUGCUAGUAACCUUCGAGCCACUGGUGGUUCAGCCACCUACCAAACGUGCACCAUUGCUCUUCCUUUCUUGGCUCGCAAGCAAGGGUUCUACACCGUCACUUGUCAUCCCAAAAACAUUGAGCACAUUCUUCGGACUCGGUUCGAUAAUUACCCGAAGGGGCCUCAUUGGCAAGCUGCGUUUCAUGAUCUGUUGGGGCAAGGGAUCUUCAAUAGUGAUGGAGAGACCUGGCUCAUUCAAAGGAAAACAGCAGCGCUUGAGUUCACAACCAGGACACUCAGGCAAGCCAUGUCUCGGUGGGUGAAUAGGACCAUCAAGAACCGACUAUGGUGUAUUUUGGACAAGGCAGCCAACGACAAGGAACCGAUAGACUUGCAAGACUUGUUGCUCCGGUUAACGUUUGACAACAUUUGUGGCCUUACCUUUGGUAAGGAUCCUCAAACACUUUCUCCUGAUUUGCCUGAAAAUCCAUUUGCUAUGGCUUUCGACACUGCCACCGAAACAACUCUAAAUAGGCUUCUUUACCCUGGUUUUCUAUGGAGAUUGGAGAAGAUUUUGGGGAUUGGAGCAGAGAAAAGAUUGAAGAGUAGCCUACAAAUCGUUGAAAACUACAUGAAGGGUGCCAUUGAAGCACGAAAAGAAGCUCCAUCAGAUGACUUACUAUCCCGCUUCAUGAAGAGAAGAGACGUUAAGGGCAACCCCUUUACGAGCGAUGUUCUCCAACGCAUUGCUCUAAACUUCGUCCUCGCCGGAAGGGACACCUCUUCCGUAGCCCUCAGCUGGUUCUUCUGGCUCAUCAUGAAUCACCCAGAGGUUGAACAAAAGAUCAUCAACGAAAUAUCUACAGUUCUUCGCGACACACGUGGUUCUGAUCACAAGAAAUGGCUCGAAGAGCCUUUGGUGUUUGACGAAGCCGAAAGAUUGGUAUAUCUAAAAGCAGCAUUAGCCGAAACUCUACGUUUAUACCCCUCAGUACCCCAGGACUUCAAAUACGUUGUCCAAGACGAUGUCUUACCCGACGGAACAUUCGUUCCGGCGGGCUCGACGGUGACAUAUUCAAUAUAUUCAGUGGGAAGAAUGAAGACUAUAUGGGGAGAAGCUUGCAUGGAGUUUAGACCUGAAAGGUGGCUGACACCAGAAGGUGAAAAAUUCGAUCCACCAAAGGAUGGUUACAAGUUCGUGUCAUUCAACGCCGGACCAAGGACUUGUUUGGGGAAAGACUUGGCUUACUUGCAAAUGAAAUCAGUGGCCUCAGCUGUGCUGCUGCGUUACCGGCUUUCUCUGGUUCCUGGACACAGGGUGGAGCAGAAGAUGUCUCUCACUCUGUUUAUGAAGAAGGGCCUUCGAGUUUACUUGCAACCCCGUCCACUUUCAUAGAGAUUUGGAUUCAUCAAACUUCACAUUGUCAACUGUGAAUUUGCUCGUAAGGAAAGGUAGCGGAGGGUCAUCGUUGUUCAAGGUAAGUGUGGGGAGGAUAUAGUAUUAUAGUUUGAUUUGUUCUGGGUUUCAUAAAAUUGAUAGAAUGUUUGUUUGGGUGUUGAAUAUUUGGAUACGUAUACUGGUUUGUCAUUCAAAAUUGUAAUGUAUUUGUUAUGUUUAUAUUCCAUAUCACAUCAUAUGAUUAUAUAAUAAUUUCAAUAAAAGUCCAUACCUUC